UUCCUUCCUCCAACAAAAAUAACCCCUGAUCAAGGCAGAGUUUCCCCUCCCCACCGCGAGUUCGCGAGGCCUGGGGAUCGAUCGAUCAAGCGGCAAGAAUGGGGGCGAUAGGGAGCGCUAAGAGCCGGCGGUUCGCCGCAGCGUGCGGCGUUCUCAGCCGCUGCAUCAAGGCGGCGGAGGCGCGGCCGGCAGCCACGGUGGUGCCCCCCCUCAUGCCCGUAGCGGAAGUGCCAGCCCAAGACGAGCGCGCGGUGGGUCCUGCGCCGGCGAACGCGCAGAUGACCAUCUUUUACGGCGGCCAGGUGCUGGUGCUGGACGGGGUCCCGGCCGACAGGGCCGCCGAGCUGCUCCGUGCCGCUGCCGCGCGAGGGGAAGGGGACCUUCCCAUGGCGAGGAAGGCGUCGCUGCAGCGGUUCAUGGAGAAGCGGAAGGGGAGGCUCGCCGCGCGCGCCGUCCCCUACAGCCGGCCCGACGGCGACGCCUUCUCAUGUAGCCGUCUCAGGCUUACGCUCUGAUUCGCGUUCAUGCGUAGAGUAGUCUGAGUAAAUUACGGCCCAUAUGAUCACAAAUUAUUGCUGUCGCCGUCGCCGUCGCUCUGAAUUAUUAUGAUCACACAUUAUUGUUGUUAUUGUUCUUCUAAUGAACUAACUGAUCAUGGCGAA